AUCAGCGCGCGUCUCAAAUCACCCGCUCACCGCGUACACAAAGGGGGCGUGGCUCGUCUCCUAGGUGAUGCUGUGUCACACACACACAUAGUAUGCACACACCACUCACACACAUUUACAGUACACGCACUCCGCAAAGACAACCCACAGGAGCGCGCGCGCGUGCGUGCCUGCGAGAGACACAGAAACGGAGAGAAGCAGAGGAGGAAUAUCUAGCAGACCUCCCAUCAUCUAUAUGUGGAUUAUACCGUCAUCAUCAUCAUCAUUAUUAAAAUCAGCAUGGCUCCUCCAUCACGGCACCGGUAGCAGGAUCAGAUGCUCCUGCAGUGGGAGGCUGACCGAGCGAGCGCGCGCACGCGGCUGAGUGUGUGUAUGCGUGUGUAUGCAUGCGUGUAUAUGUGUGUGUGUCCUCUCACACAGCCACAAAGCCUCUUCCCAACAGAAGAGGCUGCUAAAUUCAUCCUGACACAACGGCGAGGUCUCGGCUGUAAUAUCUGACAAUGUUUCGCAAAAAGAAGAAGAAGAGGCCUGAGAUUUCAGCACCGAAGAACUUUGAGCAUCGAGUUCAUACGUCGUUUGAUGCAAAGCGUGGAGUUUUCGUCGGCCUUCCAACACAAUGGCAGAGUUUAAUAGAAAACCUGCGGAGACCCAAACCCAUGGUGGAUCCUUCCAGAAUAACACCGGUGGAGCUCAAACCAAAGAAGACCAUUGUGCGGGGCAGUAUGAUUGGCCACGGGGAUUACAUCUCUGCCAUGUUGUCCGACAUGAGCCGUCUGUCAGUCACCAGCUCCAACUCUCUGCGGAAAAGCAGCCCGUCGGCCCGCAAGAGAGCGCAGUCUUUGGGCCGGCUAGGGGAGCUGAACGAGGCAGAUGCAUUAGGCGAUGGGUACCAGUAUGAGACUCUGGAUGAUCCUGAGCCGCACUGGUCUGAGCGGGCACGAAACAUCCACAGCGCCAGCGGGACACCGUACAUGGGGCUGAAAAAAAGCGUGACUCUACAACCCAACGGCAUUUUACCCAGGGCUAAAUCCACCUAUGAGGUUAGCAUGAGCUGUUUGGAUGGCCCAUUGCCACCUCAUCCAGCGCUCCCGCCCCCCCCACCACCCCCAUUUCCUGUCCCGGAACCACCGCGGCCUCUUUAUCUAGCCGGAGACAUUGGCAGCCCGACGGAGAGGCUGAUGAUGAGGAGAGAGUUUCCCAUAAUAUUCACACACAACCCCAGACCCAUCACCUGUUUCUACAGUCCCACACAGAUGCCCAUGCAGCAGCCGCAUGGAGACAGUCUGACGCCAGACAUGAGGAGCGCCAACAGACUGCUGGUUCAUCCGCAGAACAGCCCCGGCAGACCCUUCUCAUCAUACGAUCUCAAGUCAGACUCUGGCAUGCGCCCGCCGGCGGGUUUCCUCCACAGCGGCACCAGCAGUCCUCUAGUCAGCGGCGGGCGGCAUCAAGCCUCCGUCAGGUCCUCCUGCAGCUACACCCUCGGCCUCUCCCCCAACAUCAGCUAUCGGCCGCCGGCUCCAGACCCCUUCAUGCGGCACUCAGGCCUGUACCCCCGGCAGGACAGCCCGUCGCAGCCACGCCCAUCGCCCACAGGCUCUCUGGCACACAGUCCCCCGGGCACCUGCUCGCCUGCAUUCAGAGCCCCGCAGCAGCCCUCACCCCGCCCACCGCCCGACCCACCCAAAGUCACACAUGAGCAGUUCAAGGCGGCGCUGCAGAUGGUGGUGGAUAAAGGAGACCCGCGCUCCUACCUCGAGAACUUUGUGAAGAUCGGGGAGGGUUCGACGGGUGUGGUGUGCAUCGCUCGAGAGAAACACAGCGGACGCGUGGUGGCCGUCAAGAUGAUGGACCUGAGGAGACAGCAGAGGAGAGAACUGCUCUUCAAUGAGGUGGUGAUUAUGAGGGAUUACCAGCACAGAAAUGUGGUGGAGAUGUUCAAGAGCGCUCUGGUGGAGGAGGAACUCUGGGUGAUCAUGGAGUAUCUGCAGGGUGGAGCUCUGACCAACAUCGUGUCUGAAACCAGGCUGAGCGAGGAGCAGAUAGCGACGGUGUGUGAGGCUGUUCUGCAGGCUCUGGCGUAUCUGCACUCGCAGGGAGUCAUUCAUAGAGACAUCAAGAGCGACUCCAUCCUGCUGUCACUGGACGGACGUAUCAAGCUGUCAGACUUUGGCUUCUGCGCUCAGAUCAGUAAAGACAUCCCGAAGAGAAAGUCUCUGGUAGGAACGCCGUACUGGAUGGCUCCUGAAGUCAUCUCCAAAUCUCCAUACGGAACUGAGGUGGAUGUUUGGUCUCUGGGCAUCAUGGUGGUGGAGAUGGUGGAUGGAGAACCGCCGUACUUCAGUGAAACUCCUGUGGCGGCGAUGAAGAGACUGAGAGACGAACUUGCACCGACUGUACGAAACGUCCAUCAGGUGUCUCCAAUGCUGAAGGACUUUCUGGACCGUAUGCUGACGCGUGAUCCUCUGGAGCGGGCGAGCGCCACAGAUCUGCUGGAGCAUCCGUUCCUCCUGCAGGCCAGUUCUCCACAGUGCCUGGUGCCCCUGGUGGAGCAAUAUCGCAAGCGCAUGUCCCGCUGCUGAGACGGAAACCAGAACCACGGUCUGGACGAUCUGCUGUCCGCUUCAGAGCUGCUGACGGCCCCGGAGACGCAGGACAGAUGGAUGUGAUGAGCAGACCACAGAGAUACUCCAUUCUCUACUGCACGACCACACAUUUACAGCGGGGUAAAUAAGAAUUGAACACGUCACGGUUUUUCCGUAGUCAAUAUAUUUCUUAAGGAGCUGUUGACACAUUGUUGGAUUUACUCAUUUGUUUUAAAGUAAGUAGUUGUAAACAGUUUAU